CCAACCAAACAAGCCUCUGUUCUCGCACGCGGAGGGCCUGGCUGAGGGCUGGUGCAGCCAACCAAACGCCCCCUUAUCGAUCCCGAUCCGCUCCACCCCGCUGCCCGCACUCGCCACCGCCUGCCUGCACGCCCGUCGCGAACCCCUCGGUGCCCGCCGCCGGCCGAGCCUGCCUCUGCCCCCGCCGCGAGCCACCUCCGCGCCGGGCGCCGGCAGCCCCUGCCUCGACGCCCGCGGCAGGCCGCCUCCUCGCCCGCCGCCGGCCGCGCUGACCUUGUUGCCUGCACUCGGCCGCCGCCUGCCGCGCCGGCCUCCGCGCCCGCCGGCCCGUGCCCGCUUCCUGUCGAAGUGGGGAUGGCUCUGUCCAGAUUGGCGUUCCCCCUCUUCCUCCUCCUCGCUGCGGCGGAGUUCGCGGCGGCGACGCGGUCGCCGUCGGCCUUCGUGCAGAACGCCAUCUACUCCAACCGCAUCACCAUCUUCUCGAAAACCUACUGCCCGUACUCUAUCCGUGCUAAGCGCAUAUUUCGAGAUCUCAAGGAAGAUCCAUAUAUUGUUGAACUAGAUCUCCGAGAGGAUGGGCGUGACAUUCAAAGUGUUCUCCUGGACCUAGUUGGGCGCCAUACUGUGCCACAGGUGUUUGUGAAUGGCCAGCAUGUUGGUGGCUCAGAUGAUACAGUAAAUGCUCUUUCAAAUGGACAGCUUGAGAAACUCCUUGGUAAGAGUCAGUCACAGUGAUGGAUUUCUGGACAGGCUUGCACUGUCAAGAACACGUUAGUGAUUCAUACAUACUUAUGUACGGGAGGGGUUUUCUUCUCUGUUUAGGACCGCGCAGAAUGUUGUAGCUCGUAUCAUGUGCCAAAUGGUUUUUUGGGGGGAUGGUAGUGUUGUGACAACAAUCUGUAUGUACUUGAUAUGUGUGAUCAGCUCAAUUACAUAUACAUUGUACAAUCUUUUCUACUCCCCCUUCUCUUUUCUACGAAUGGAAUUUGGUUGGUUUACCUUCAUUA